GCCUCGGCUCAACUUGCUAAAGGAUUCCGUAUCUAAUCGCGCCCGGCAGCCUUUAGCACGUCAACCCGUGGCAGCUCGCGUCUUUUUUCCCAUGGCGGCACUUCCUACCCACUUCUACGCGAGUGGGAUCGAUCUCUCCCCUGGCUCCGCUGCUAAGUUCGGUGUACGUUGAAUUGACGAGGCGGCCCUAUUCCCCUCCUCCUCCUCUUCUUAACCUACGACCGGCGUCAUCAAGAAAAGAAAAUCCCGAACUCGAAUGCCCUUGGCCCCGAAUCACAGCGCCCUCGUCGCGAAGUGCACCAGCACAAUCUUCUGCUAUCUUCGAUCUGCGCCGCUCUGGGCUAUCGCCCUCGCUAUCCUUCUUCUAAGCUUCCUUCGAAAGCAGAUCCGAGCCCUCGUAGCCGGUCGCGAGCCCUUAUUGCGAGGAUCCCCCUAAGCCGCCGACGCAGCGGAAGCCAUGGCGUCUUCGAUAGGUGCGACGAGUCAAGCCUUAAGAGUCGCCGCGUCCGCCCUCUUGCCAGCUCUCGUGUAUGGCGCCUACAAGGGAAAUGCGUGGGGAUCUCUCGAGCCAUUCUUCACCGGCCCCGGCCGGACGAGCCGUAUCGUGGCGUUGGUCGUCAUCCUCGUCAACUGGAAGAGCUUUCCUCUCACCUGGACCUUUCGCGUGUGGAGCGCCAUGAUAUCCCAUUUCGCCUUUCGCUCAUACAACACCCACACCCCGGACAAGCUCUUCCACCCUGUCAUCACAACGUCGCAUGUGACCCUGCUCGAGGUCGACUACAACGUGCAUAAAUCCAACUCUACCUACUUCGCCGACCUUGAUGUAGGCCGCACGCAUCUGGUCUGCCACCUUCUCGCGCGGGGCAGUCGCGCCGUCGCGAACAACGCCACCACCAAGCUGGUCUUGGACCCUGCCGAUCCGUCUCGGCCGGCUAAGGGCAGGUUCAAUAUCAUGCUCGGCGCCGUGGAGUGCAGCUUUAAGAAGGAAUUACUGCCGUACCAGAAAUUUGAGAUGUGGACACGUAUCCUCAGCUGGGAUCGCAAGUGGUUGUACGUCGUUACCCACUUCGUCGAAAAGGGCGCAGUGCAGCCGCGCUCCUGGGACUCGGGCAACUUCGGCCCGACGAGGAAGAGCGAAGGGCAGCCGGAGGACUGGGAGAAGAAGGUCCACGCCACGGCCGUCUCCAAAUACGUGUUCAAGAUCGGCCGGCUGACGGUGCACCCUGCGAUUAUCAUCGAGGCUAGCGGACUGCUCCCAGCAAGACCCGGUGGCUGGAUAUCUGCCGAAGACGGCGCGGCUCUGCCGGUUGUGCACGCCAACGGCAACGCCGAAACAAACGGCGACACCGCACUCAACGGCAACGGUACUCACGCCAAUGAGGUGGCUUGGGACUGGAAGAAAACGGAAGAGAUUCGGCGGAAAGGCUACGAAUUCGCCGCCCAAUUUGCGGCGCUCGAUGAAUUGCAGACCCGCUUCGACGGCGGCGAAGAUGGCGCCCUGGGACAGUUCGGUAUAUUUUGAUAAGUGAACAUCUGUCUAUACCUCUCACAUUCGCAUCCGGGCAAGUUUUUAGACUCUAGGUCACGCUCAUAGAUGCGUGCCCCGUGAUACCGCGUCCCUCAUAAAAUUCUUGAUAAUAUAUACUGAUAUAUAGAACAUAGAGAAUGAUAAUUUCCGUGCGUCGCUCAAGAGAAGAUACUGUUACCCAGACACACAUGCCACCCACG